GCGCGCACACGCACGAGAGAGAGAGAGAAGCGCCAUAUUUCUGUGCUUUCACAAACUUCCUUUUUUUUUUGCGCACUACUUUAUGAUGAUGUUAUGCGAAGAUUCACCCCUCCCACGAGUCGCACUUUGCUGCUCCAAAUAGACUGAAAGCGCGUCCACGAUUCUGACUUGUAGCCUAAAUUAUGGGGUCAUAAUAAAACAUUUUAUUUUAUUUUUUUUUAAUGCGCGCGCGCGAGAGCGCGAGCGGAGUGAAAUCGCACCGCUGUCGCUUUAACUGCACCGGACCGGUGCGCCCCAUAUGAUUUCCGAGCUCCAAUCACCACGUCCCUCAUUCCGCACGCGAACAUGGCGAGGAAAAGGGCAGCCGUGUGAACGCAAAGGACGCCGCGUAGAUGUGAAGCGGAACUCGGGUGUUUCAUGGAGAGGGACAGCGCGCAUCCCGGGGAGGAGAAUCGGAGCUGGUUUGCACCAAAGAGCAGCGGAUUAUAAUGCUGAUAGUGGAGAAGACCGCUGAGCACCCAUCAGGGGAGUACUCCAUGGUGGAGGACAUGGCCCUGCACUGCACUUUCCUGAUGGAGCGUCUGAACGAGCAGCGGUUACUGCAGCCAGACCUGUGCGAUGUGGACAUCGUGCUUCUACGCCACAAGGCCACGUUCCAGGCACACAAGGGCGUGUUGGCUGCCUACAGCCCCUUCUUCCACUCGCUCUUCGCCUCCAGUAAAGAGCUGCAGCGCGUCGAGCUAUCCCUGGAGGCACUGCGACCGCAGGGAUUUGUGCAGAUCCUUGACUUCAUCUACACAUCUAGACUGCUGGUGAACAAUGGAAAUGCACGCGAUGUGAUGCGCGCCGCCACCGUGCUUCAGAUGGUCAACGUGGCGUCGUCAUGUCGCGAACUGCUCUCACGUGGCUCGUUGCGGGACGAACAGCCUGAGCGGGACAUCCAGCCCUGGAGCAACAGCAACGGAAAUGGUGGAGUCGGUGACUUCUCAAUGGAGAUCAAGCAGGAACAGGACGCAUCCAGCGCCAAGAUCUUUGGUGCGAAGAGCGAAAGGAGCCCGUACGUUGCGCACGUCGGAGAAAGACAGCAUUUGGGGACAGGCAAGGAGGAGUGUACUAUGGAUGUAUCGAGAGACUCGGACGAUUCCUUCAGCAGGAAGCAGAUCAUUGUCGAGCUCAAUCUCAACAACCAGACGCUAAAUGUGUCCAAAGGCCUGGAAGGAAGCUGCUCGUCUACGGCACCCGCUGGCUUCGAGGCAGAGAAGGACAACGGCGACUCGGAGGAAGACGGAGACCAAAGCGAAGACGAGGUACCAAGCGAGGACGAGGCGCGAGAAGCAGCGCGUCUGGAUUUCAGCGUUCCCAAAUUCCUGCCUCAGCGAUCUCGCAGACAAACCAGAUCCUCGGUGGAUGCCAUGGCCACGGUUACGAUGAGAACGAGUAUGAGGGUAAGGCGUGGUAGAUGUGGGGGUGUGCGAGGUGAGGAGGAUGAAGAGGAAGGCCUAGGACAGGAUGCGAGACUGGAGGAGAGGCGGAGCUUCCCGUGCGUGAGGUGCCCGCAGGUCUUUACCAACAGCUGGGACAUGGAGAUGCACGCCAACGUUGAGCAUAACUACAUGCAGGGAUGUGACAAGUGUGGCGCCUGCUUCCUUCGGGACAGUGAGCUGCUCCUGCAUCAGCAGACUGACUGUGAGAAGAACAUACAGUGUCUUACCUGUGGCAAAGACUUCAAGAAGCUUUGGUCCCUACACGAGCACAAUAAAAUCGUCCACGGUUACGCUGAGAAAAAAUUCACUUGUGAGAUAUGCGGGAAGAAAUUCUUUACCAUGGCUCAUGUUCGCAAGCACAUGGUUGCUCACACGAAGGAAAUGCCGUUCACCUGCGAGACGUGUGGCAAGUCUUUCAAACGGAGCAUGUCCCUCAAAGUCCACUUCCUCCAGCAUUCAGGAGAGAAACCCUUCACGUGUGAGAAUUGCAAUGAACGUUUCCAGUACAAGUACCAGCUGCGAUCGCAUAUGAGCAUCCACAUCGGCCACAAGCAGUUCAUGUGUCAGUGGUGCGGCAAAGACUUCAACAUGAAGCAGUACUUCGACGAACACAUGAAAACUCACACAGGUGAAAAGCCGUACAUAUGUGAGAUCUGCGGGAAAAGCUUCACCAGCCGUCCUAACAUGAAGAGGCACCGGCGCACACACACCGGCGAGAAGCCGUACCCGUGCGAGAAGUGCGGCCAGCGCUUCCGUUUCUCCAACAUGCUGAAGGCUCAUCGCGAAAAGUGCUUUCAGGUCAGGGACCCUUCCACAGAGGCUCCGCCCACAGAGUUUGAGCCCGCCCCCGACAGUACGGCGUAUGUCACAGAUCGGUGUUCUUCGGACCCAAAGGACGUCGGACAGCAUUCUGUGUUCCCAACCGCACGGACCCACUCGAGAGACGCGUAACUACUGAACUGUUUCCUUGCCAAGCUAGAGGUACUUCCUGUUUAGAUUUUGUGUAUAAACCGAGUAUCUAAUGCUCCUCAGCCUGAAAAGAAAUUCCUGUUACCUUGAGAGAGGUAAAAACCCAUGUGCCAUAUUUGGUAUUACAGUAUAUAGCCUUCAAAUGUAGCUGCCAUUAAUAUUAAAAUCAAAUUAUGUAGGUAUGUAAGUAUAGUUAUAUUUGCUAUAUAUAUUGAAUAUACUGGAGAAUUAUAGCUAAGGUCAAUAUUCGUCAUAUUAUAGCAUUACAUACUGUAUGUCUUAUCAUUCCACGGGAAUUCAGAAGGACUGAAAUGUAGUUCUUGUUCUAGAUGCAGUUGAUAAAGCAAUCUUUUAAACCUACCUGGAAAUGUGAAAUGCAGUUUUUCUGUGUUAUGAUACUCAAGGUGAUAUUAAAUACACCUAAAAAGAUAGAUGACUAUAAAUCAAAUUUGCAGGGUUUUUUUUUGUUGUUGUUGUUUUUUGUUUUUUGACCAAACCAAAAAAACCUCUUUUUUUUUUUUUUUUUUUUUUCUUACCACGUUUUGUUCAUUGGUUUCCUAAGCCCCGCCUACUAAAAUUUUAAAGCUGGAAUUGCACCAGAUUUAAGGAUUAUCCAUUCUAUUGUACAAACUUCUUUGUCCAAACAAUAUGAUUAAAUGGUUCACGAUGUUAAAAGAAAGCAAGUACGUGAAGAUUUGGACCUGAAGUUAAUCGAUGUUAAUGUGUGUGUCUUCCCAUUUAUUCGGUAACAACUGAAAGAAUUUAUAUAUGAAUUUAAUUGGCGAUAUGCGUUAGAGGUCUGAAUGUUGUUAUGGUCCCCAUCAGUAUUCCUAGUUAGUCUCUAUAAGUCUCUCUAAACUCUCAAUUGUAUUGUUUUUGAUCUCGAGGGCUUUCCACGUGAUGUAUACAUGUCAAUGUGUAUUAAUGCCCAAAGCAUACUGCACCUUACAAUAUGAAUUUAAAGCACUUCCUUGUUGUUGGAGCGGGAGUUUUGUCCCAGACGAUCCAAACUGGCGCCAAGGCGGCACUCCACCUUGCUCAAAGCAGACCGGAGUUAAAAUAUUAUUCUAUAUUAUAGUACUUAUUGAGAAUCUUCUUGGGAUGGAUGUAGUGUAGCAACACUGUGCUAAUGGUAAAGGCAAUGAGUGUAGUCCAGACACAGCUCGGUAUGUUCUGAUACACUCUCAUGUGAUGUAUUGAGAGAUUGGAGACAAAUCAUUGUGAUCAGACACAUUUUUGUCACUCGUGAUGCACUGAAUCAGGACGAGCUCGCCUGGUAGCACGGAAAACAUCGUCCGUGUAAACUGACGUAGACGUACGUAGGCGUUAUUGACGUUAAAUACGAAAAACUACAAUUAAAUUCGAGCUAGAAGAGAACAUUUAGUUCCGUUGGACUUAAAUAUGAAUUCGCUGCUUUGUAACUUAAAAUCUGAAAUGAAGCUAAAACCAAACGUAAAACGUUUCCUCUAGAACUAAAAAUGCUAGCAACUAUCGAAUAAACAAACGAAAAUCUAUACUGAAUUUCAACAUUUUCAACUGAUUAACAUAUGCGUUGUUAUAUACGGCUCUGUGCAAAAGUCUUAGCUGACAUACGGUAUAUUUUUGUAUACGUUUUGCCUUAAAUGCGCGUUUUUCUUUUAGUCCGCUGUAUUAGUUGCAGUAGAGAAAAAAUGAAUUGUUUUAAUUGAAUAAUGACCCCUAAUUUGGACUUUGUACCUAAUAAUUACAGAGUUAAUAGGAAAAAAAUGUUCUUUUAAGGUUCUUUAAGGAAUUAAUAUGGGUUCUUAGCUUCCAAAAAAAAAAAAAAACAUUUCUGAUAAGGACUUACUCUGUUCUUGGGUUCUAUCUUUAAAGGGUUCAAUGUGAAACCCUUGUAAUAGGGUAUGAGCCUUUCAUUUUUUAAUGAACCUUUUUAAGGAGCCUUUAAAGAAGCAUAUUUUUUUCUAAGAGUGUACCAAGUCUCAAUUUUUGGCAGGGGCGGUUAGGGGAGAAAACGUUCCAGAGAAAUGUAGUUCUCUAAGAAACCUCCUUCAAAGCUUGCAUUGUUUGAUUUAAUGUGAAUUUUUAAUCGUUUUACUGUUUAAUAUACCCGUACAGUAUAUUGAUUAUUUGGAUGCUUUGUGUUCACCUCACAGGAUCUUUACAAUUCCUUUCUUUAAAAACCUUUGCACAAUACUGUAUAUUAAAUGCAAUACUGUGAUGAUGCAUCGUGAACGGUGUUGAAACGUUGACCAUUAUAAUCCAACGCUAUAUCGGCACUAGACGUCUAGACGAAGCGUCUUAAUUUGAUCAAAUCAAGCCCUUAUUAUUGAACAUUCUUCCUUCGAAUAUAAUCAGAAUGCAAAUAAGGUAAAGAUUUAUUCACCGGAUUAUCUCUGCACCUCUAAGAGCUCGACUAUACUACUUAAAUAGUAUAGUGUGUUAGUGUAGUGUUAAAUAUGUUGUAUUGCGUGCACCCGUGUAUCACAGCAGUAUUUCUUUCAGGCCAAAUAUAAGUUCUUGUCUUAGUUUGAAGUCGUUAAUACGUUCGUUGGGAUUUCUUAUAGUAAAAGCCAGUCUUCUGUUGUUAUUGCAGUUUUCUUCUUUUUAAAAAAAAUAAAUAAAAAAUGUUAUUCUACAUGGACUACCAUACUUUCCGGACUAUAAAGUCCAAUUCUCCAUGGAGACCCACUAAAAUUCCUAUUUUCUAUCCGUUGUGAAUGUUAUUCAAGUGCUCAGAAAGCGAAAUAUUCCCGCUCGUAUUGUAACGGAAGCCUCAAGAAGAUUAAGAAGAUUUUUCAGAUAACGACGAACAAUAAAAGCUUUCAUUUGAGGUUCUCAUAACUGACACGAACAAACCAUGUAUUACAGCAUCGAUGCACCACUAGGAUCACACACGGUAACGGCGUAUUAAUUCCUCUUCAAGAGAUUAAGUCACACGAUCUACACGUGCAUUGUGCAUCGUUCAUAGCAUCGAUGAAUAUAUUUAUAAGUUCAUGGGUCGUUCAUGUUGACUAAUGCGGUAUGUACUCUUAAUGAAGUGAGCCUUAAUGUACUUUGAAAUUUAGCAACGUGAUUUCUAAUGAUUUCCGCCAAACAGUUCUCAAAAACGACGAUUGUAUAAUUUCACAACAUGCAUUUUUUUUAUUUAAUUAUUUAAAAAAAAAAAAAAGUUUGGAUUUAUAAAUGUGCAAAAGUCUUACGCACCCGUUGUGUUUUUUUUUUUUUUUUUUUAAAUAGCACAGACUUUGUUAUAGAUUUUUAUUUUAUGACCUCUUCGUGAUCGAGUCCGUAUAUAAACGUUUUAGAUCUUCCAGCACAAAAUUAAAUGUUACGGAAAUUGUUUUUUAUGUCAGUAAACACGGCAGGAUAUUACAUGAGAGGCCACUUUUCAGACAAAAAAAAAAAAACCCACAACAUAAUGUUUGCUGCUGGGUCAAAGUCUCCAGAAGAACCGUGGCUGGUUCUGCACGGUGCGCAAUAAAACUUACAGCUCAUUUCCUUCGAAAACUGCACAAAUUGUACCUGGGACCAUUUUGAUUUUAAAGCAAAGGGUCGUCACACCAAAUAUUGAUUCGUAUUGUUUAUUGCUGUUUACUGCUCUUUAUGGAAUUGUUUUUUUUUUUUUUUUAGUCCAAACAUUUAAUUGAAUUAUUUUCGAAUGUAUCUUUGCUCUAGAGCAUUUCUUUGCGUGUGCUUAAUACUUUUGCACAGCACUGUAUAUAAACAUGUAUAAUCGUUAAUACGGCUAUAUAGGCUUUGUGUAAGGACACGUUUCUAAGUCAGUUUAUGGAAGGAGUCUCCAGUGUCCGUGCUUUAUAAGAGUCAGAAAUAAAGAUGUAACUUUAAAGCGCACCUAUUACGGUUUUUCAAAUAUCACCUUUCAUGCAGCGUGUUAUAUACGUUGCCGUCGGUGAACGUAAAAACGUCUGCAAAGUUUCAAAAAUCAAAGCGCACGCCGAACCGACUUAUCGACUCCCAAAAGAAGGAAUCGAUUCCGAACGGCUGAAUCGAGUCGUUAGUGAUUCCGGACUUUACUUCCUGUACUAACCUACGUAGGUUUGUGACAUAAAGCCCCGCCUCUGAUCUUCAUCGGCUGCUCGCUGGCAGACGGAGCUGAAACUCGUUAUGGUAGUGGGCGUUUCCUUUUUGAAACACAGUGGUUGACCAAUCAGAGUAGAGUAUGCUCUCUGAAAGGAGGAUUUUAGAACGGAUCGUCGAACGAGUCGUUUGUGACCCGGGGGGGGGGGGGGGGGGGGGGUAACGCUGCAGUUUAAAUCAUGAGCGCGUUAAAGUGGACCUCGGAUGCGUGUAAAUCUAUCGUAUGAGAGCUUUAAAACAAAAUUAGGCAUGUUUCAAAUCCAUAAUAGGUGCGCUUUAAGAUCUUCAGGACAGAGGAGUUUCCGGUAACAAGCUGCUUUUUUACUUUGGGAGAGAGAUUAGUGAGGAAAGAAGUGUUGGAACUAACUUGUUUCAACAUUAGAAGUAACUCUAAAUGCAUUUAAAAAAAAAAUAAUAAUACUAAUGUGUUGUUCUUUAAUCACUACAAAAUGUUUAUUGGAAUAAAACAUUUCAGGAUGUUCUAAUCUAUGUCCAGAAAUACAGUCCUCACGCCUUGAUUUGGCCUUUGGGCGUUUAUAUGAUGAAAUGAUAAAAGUACCAAUUUAAAGGAUUACAGUGUUUGUAGUGAUACCAGCGUGUCUGGAAUAUUGUUUGUACUCGUUGUGCGUUGAAAGAGCAUAUAGUGUAAUUAAUCCUGGUCUGUAUUCUCUCAUCUGCUGUACUGUUGUAUCUGUGAAAGCCUAAAGAAAAGCUCCUUGUUCAUUCUUCACACACGUGUACUUCUGUGUUUUCACUGAACGCUGUAUCAUUCUGUCCUGUUCUGUUCGUUUCUCUUUGUUUAAACAUGUUCUAAUGACAUAAAUGGUGUCCAUGUUA